UUUAUCAUUGUUUUACAGUUAUAAAUUCAUUUAAUAAUAUAUUUAAUAAUUUAUUUAGUAAAAUAUAUUAAUAAUAUGUGUAUGUGUUGGUAAAAAAUUAUCUUUUUGCUACCAUCGGAUAAGCGACGAAACAACAUGAUGUUACCCUUUUAUUUUUCUUCUUAAGGGCUUUUACAAGGUGUUCCUCUGAGGCUAUGAAUCUUGCCAAACUCAUUGCUGGCUUUGCAAAUACGCUUUGGGUGUCGAAUUUUGGUACUACGGGAGGUACAAAGAUUAAGGCGCAGUAACUCAAGGGGAUUCCACCCUGAGGUAGAAUUGAUACAUAAUCAAGGUCAAAAUCAAACUUUGCAACUCCACUGCUGGAAGGAGUUUUAGGACUACUCCAGCCAUACAAACUUGCCUUGUUAGCUCUUCUUUCGUCCAUGUGAGUGUCAUAACCUAUCAACAAGGCGUUAAAUCUAUCACGAAUUCCAGUAACUGUUAUGGUUGGCGAUACUGAGUAUGGUCUUUUUGCUUCCACUUUACACCUUAUUAUUUCAUCAUCAUCAUCAUCGUCUUCAUCUUCGUCAUCUGCAAAUCCGUCAAUUAAGUCAUCAAAAUCUCUUGAAAUUCCACGUUGUGGUUUUGCUGGGAUACCGCUCAUUUGGUACUGUCCCAAUGAUGUUGUUCUAAUCGGUGGAGGUGGAGGUGCAUCUACUGGCCUCAUUACCAUUGGUCUUUGUCCUAAUGAUGUUGUUCUAAUCGGUGGCGGUGGCGGUGGUAGAUCCAUUUCUCCGUCCAUUUGGUACUGUUCUACGGAUGGAACGCUAAUUGGCGGUGGAGGUGGAGGUAGAUCCACUGGUUUUGGCGCCAUUGGUGGUCUUACAUUUAAAAAUCCUCUGCUAUGUCCUAAUCUAGGUCUACCAAUUCUAUUUGUAUUUGGUCUCCUUAUGUUUGCAUAUAUUGGUCUACUUGAUUCCGUCUCAUCACCAUAUACACCUGAAAUUUGACAAAAAAUUUAAAGAUCUGAGAAUUUUUGUGAGAAAAUUACGAAGCUGUGGAUUCCAGGGAUUUUUCUGAUUUGAAGUCAAAUU